AAGCUCAGAAUACCUUAUAACAACAGUUGCACUCACUUUGCUCCGUAAAUUCUUGAUUAGGGCUCUGUAGUUCUCUAAAAAUCGAUUUAAUUUUUCGAAGAAUCCUUGCUGAAAAUGUCGACAGCAGCAGAAUCUGUGCCGCCAAAGGGUGGUUUCUCGUUCGAUCUCUGCAGGAGGAAUGAGAUGCUUGUGCAGAAGGGUUUGAAGCAACCCUCUUUUCUGAAAACCGGAACCACAAUAGUGGGAUUGAUUUUUCAGGAUGGUGUCAUUCUUGGAGCAGACACACGAGCCACUGAGGGUCCCAUUGUUGCUGAUAAGAACUGUGAGAAGAUUCAUUAUAUGGCUCCCAAUAUUUAUUGCUGUGGAGCUGGGACUGCUGCUGAUACAGAGGCUGUUACAGACAUGGUUAGCUCUCAGCUGAAGCUGCAUCGCUAUCAUACUGGUCGUGAAUCCAGAGUUGUGACAGCUCUCACACUUCUGAAGUCUCAUCUUUUCAGCUAUCAAGGCUAUGUAUCUGCUGCUUUGGUGCUUGGUGGAGUUGAUGUGACAGGCCCUCACUUGCACACUAUUUAUCCACAUGGUUCAACUGACACUCUACCAUUUGCUACCAUGGGUUCUGGCUCUCUUGCUGCAAUGGCUGUUUUUGAAUCGAAAUAUCGUGAAGGGCUGACUAGGGAUGAAGGAGUAAAAUUAGUGGCUGAAGCAAUAUGCUCCGGUAUAUUUAAUGAUCUAGGAAGUGGAAGCAACGUGGAUAUCUGUGUCAUAACAAAGGGGAAGAAAGAGUACUUGAGAAAUUACAUGUUGCCGAACCCUCGUACGUAUGUCAGUGAGAAGGGUUACUCAUUUGCCAAGAAGACUGAGGUGUUGCUCACGAAGAUCACACCAUUAAGAGAGCUGGUCGAAGUUGUUGAAGGCGGGGAUGCAAUGGAAGAAUGAUGUGCGUUGAUACGUUAACAUUUUGAUUUUCCUUCAUGCUAUGCAUCAGAUUUACGUUGAGCCUCACUGCACUUGUGCUUGGAGUUCUAUCUGGGUUGAAAUUUGUAUCCAUGUUGAAUCUUAUCAUAGAUUACAGCACUUUACAUGAAUCUCUUCUUCCGUUUUCUUUGCUUUA